AUGGAUUUUGUUCCCCUUGCAAGCUUUGAAUUUCUGAAUUCCCUGCUCCAAGGCGUCGAGGCGCAGGGGUGCCUCAUGACGGUGCGGUUGGAGGCUUUCACCUGCCGCAAAACCCGCAAAAAGAAGCAGCUCGCGGCCUCCAUGGCACAGUACGCGAAUGCGAACACCCCACCACUCGCUCCCGCCCCCAACUGCAGUGUGUCGCCCCCGCCGCUGCAGUUGAGCAGCACUUCACCAGUUGUUUUUGAGCCCGUUGACCCGGAGGCGAUUGACGAGCGGCUCGUCUACCUCGUGGCUGCCCUGAACAGCAUAUACGGCGACGAGGGCUACGACUUCUCGGUACUCACGGAGGAGGACUUUGUGGUCUGCAACGAGGCGCAGGUGCGGGCCGAGGUGGAUGUUACUCUGCACUCUAUGCCAGACUCCUGUCGCCUGGCGGUGAAGCAGUUUUGGACGCUCGUGAGCGAGCAGGUGAUGGACGCAAGCCAGGGAUGCGAGUACUUCCGCUUUGCGUGCCCCAGCUGCGACCCCAUGGUGUCCCGCUCCCUGUUCUCGCAACACUACUUCCUUUACAACAGGCGAAAUCGGCUGCUUGUGUCCCUUCUCCUUUUUGCCGAGGGGAACGCGUACCGUGGUGACGAUGGCUUUAUCGCUGGCAACGGUUUCUAUAUAGAGCGUGACGACGCAGCGGCGGACGGGGAGAAAAGUGGCGGCAGCAGGGUGUGGCAGGACCACCCGGAGCCGUUGUCUUUGAACCAAAGUGUGGGUGGCAAAAAUCGACAUUUCUACUACGGCUACUGA